AUGGCCGAUGUCCUGUUUCGGCACUGCAAAGGCCAUGCGCAGAAUGCGAUGAACCGGAUGAAGAGCAAUGAACAACAAAACACCAACGACCAGCAAGAGUUCCGACACAACUCCAUGGACGAGAAUCAGACAUCACGACCAUCUGCCUCACGGAACGUAAACGGCCCGACUCCAGCAGGAACACCAUUGAUCCGCGAAGACUCCAACUUCUCGCCCAUGUCCAGGAGGAGAGAGUCGCAAAUACCGCAGAUCAAUGUGAAUAACCACUACAAUGCGCAUCUAUCACCUCCCACGGAUGGCCGUCAUUCUUCAUCGCGGUUACAACCGCCGUCACCCGGUGAGGACCGGAUCGAAGCGCUGAUCAACGCGGCCCAACAUCUGGAGCCUGGAGCAGACACACCCUGGCGGUCACCAUCGCCUAUGAUUAUUGCUCGUGCCGAGAAUGUCCAGAUGUCAAAUCGAAAUCCCCAUGAGAGUAUGGGUCCACCUAUCGACCCAGCUAUGGAAGCGCUCUCGUUCUCGCCAGCCGGCCAUGUCUCAAGUUUGGACCAGUGGGCUUUCGAACUUGUUCAAAGCAACAACCCAGUCCCCAAUCGCACUCCUGCGGACGCGUUACAAACGUGGCUGUUUCCGCUCGAGGGCGACAUGAACACUCCCCAAGGAUCGCAUCACCUAGGCGUGGAAGGCUUUUUCGAGCACGGAGCAUUCCAAGCACUUCCAGAAAACCAGGCCAGUCCAUCGGGCAGCAGUGUUUCAAUAGCAAGCAGAGUGCCGCGAGAACGAUUCCAGCGAGUCCAAAGUUGUUGGCCCUCCCGGAAUCGCAAGUCCUCCCGGCUUAUGCCCGAUCUGUGGCAGAACCUUGUAGCGUGUGAAUGUACCAACAUACUGUCGGAGGUCGGCUCUGGAGCUAUGGAAACGCCCAUGAGUGAAAGGGAGCGGCGGAACUCGCGAUGGGGAUUAGACGAGGAGUGCAGAGGCAGGCUUCAAAGCGCCUUGCACAACUUACCGGCAUCUAACCCACCAAGAUCUGAAUCAUAUGGCGACACUGCAUCUUCGAGCGGGGAUGCCGCAGGAAGUCCGAGCAUCGAAGGUGUACAAUUUCCUCCCGCCGAGAUCUUGGACAUCGCUCUAGAGAUGUAUCUGUACUACUUCCAUCCAACCCUUCCGAUUAUUCACAUUCCGACGUUCUCUGCAAAGAAUGCGCCACGGCCAUUACUUCUUUGCAUGUGUCUCAUCGGCCUGAGCAUUCUUGGUACCGCAGGUGCAGCCAAGUUUGUCACUCGCACAUUCCCGGCUGUGUUACAACUCGCGUUGGCCGAGCUACAGACCCUUCCAACAACAGAUCAUCCGCCACAUCGGCAGAUGCGGAUCAUUGCCACUAGCUUGCUAGCCUUGAAUCUAGCGUCUAUCACCGGACGGAAAAGCCGUAUUGCGCAAGCCGAGAAGAUGUAUGCAGAGCUUAUCGGGUUUGCGCAGAGCCAAGGUCUUUUCUCUGCCAACGAGGGCGUGAAGAUAGAUCCUCUCUUGGAUGAGAUGAUCGAUAUUGACUCAAAGUGGAAGGCUUGGUCAAAGGUCGAAUGCAGCAAACGCAUCAUCUUUGGUCUUAUCGAAGCAGACUGCUGGUGGGCAGGCUACCUCUCCACAGCUCCAAUGAUCCGCCCCGAGACAGUCCAGAUUCUGCCGCCCUCAGAUUACUCGCUCUAUCAUGUCAACAGUGCGGCGAAGUGGUUCCAUCUCGUACAGCGCGGUGCGAGGAUACACUCACAGAGGAUAACACCAUCGUUCCAUCCGACCCCAGGCCUCAAGCUCGACGCAUCAAGCUUCCGAUCGUUACUGACUCUCCUGUUACUGCGCAUCUACGAGAGCAAUGACAGGCUUGCUCCCGCGACAGGAAAUCAGAAGCAACUUGAGCCUUGGCGGAUAUACGCCGAAGAUGCCCGGAGUCGAGAUAUCCUUCCCUUGCUGGUGAAUCUUUCUGGCUCUUCAAUUGACGCACUUCGCACCGCGGAUCUCAAUUCCGCCGUCCUUUGGCAUGCUUCCUGCAUGGUCCUCGGAGCGAAUAUACGCUAUUUCGAACUCGCAGCUGGACGUUCCGGUCCCGAACCUGCCGUUAACGCUCUGGAAGACAUUUCAAUGUGGUGCCAAACACCAAGCGCGAGACGAAGUGUAUUGCACGCCGCACACAUCUACAAGCUGCUCUUUGACCGCAAAGUGAGCGAUAUCGUCAACCCUCACAGCGUGGUAGCACUCUUCCACGCCGCCCUCGUUCUAGGCCUGUAUAUCUUCGCUCUUCCACCGACAGAUAAUAGGCCCAUGAGCGACUCUUGCAUCGAGCUCCUCGACCUCGUAGACUGGAUUUCUGUCGGCCAACUCGGUUUCAUCGAUACGCCACAAUCGCCCAUAGGGUUCGGAGACGCUACCCAAGUCGUCAACUUCAUACACCGCGGCGGCAGCUUCAGCAUAACGGGCAUCGCACUCGAAGGCGGCUAUCUUGCUGCUCGCCGUACUUUGCUACAUUGUUCAGACCUCAUGGAAGGCAUGGGCCGAUGGAAGAGCAGGACAUUCAGCCAGAUACUACAUAUCAUGAGCGACGAUCUAACUGAUUACGACGGCCGCGGCAACGACGAUGGGGAUGACGAGGUUGAUGGUGACGGGGAAGAGGGCGAAAGGAAUUCUCGGUGA